AUGAAAAUUUUCAAAGAUAUUUUGGGUUAUUACAAGGACGAACUUUUCUCUGACGCCUUCCCAAUCAAGGAAGUAAGCGACAUUGUAUACGAAGUCACCACCAAGAUCGUCUCUAGAGAUCUCAACGUCAAGGUUGAUAUCGGUGCCAACGACUCUGAAGAAGUUGAAGAAGGAGGUGAAGAUACCGGUGUUGCUGAUGCUGGUGUUGUCAAGGUCAACAACUUGGUCGACUCUCACCGUCUCCAAGUCACCAACUUUGACAAGAAGGGUUACCUCACCUACCUCAAGGGUUACAUGAAGGAAAUCGAAGUUUACCUCGCUGAAAACAAUCCAGACCGUGUUGCUGCCUUCAAAAAGGGUGCUCAAGAGUAUGCCAAGACCAUCGUUGGUAACUUUGACAAGUACACUUUCUACCAAGGUGAAAACCUCGACGCCGAAGGUAUGGUUGCCCUCUCUUACUUCUCCGAAGAAGAUCCAAACGUCCAAUACUUUAUUUUCUGGAAGGAUGGUGUUCGUGGUGAAAAGUAUUAA